AUGGCACCAGAGAGUUCUGCUAAAAUCAAACAUUUCAAACCAUACUUCUCUCCAGCUGAGGUCGAACGGCUGUCUACCAAACAACGGGGCAAAUUGAGUGUAUCGCGAGAAGAGAAAGUGAGGUUACAGGCAUGCGGGUUCAUUGAGGGUGUGGGGGUGAGGUGUGGGUUUCCAAGAAAGACCAUCUCAACAGCUCAAACUCUGUACAUGCGGUUCCAUCUAUUCUUCCCCUACAAAGAUUUUAAUCAUAUCGACGUUUGUCUUUCCGUUCUACACGUUUCUGCAAAACUCCACGAUACUCUCAAGAAACCCCGCGAUAUCAUUCUCGCCUCAUACGCAAUCCGAUAUCCUCAUCUGGUGAAGAAAGGUCAAGUGGACGCUUCAUCUGUCGACCCUCGAGUGAUAGAAGAAGAACGCAAGAAAGUAUUAGGGAUUGAGAGGUUAGUCUUGGAGACGAUGUGUUUCAAAUUUGAGGUGGAUGAAGUGGGACCUUAUGUUUUGAAACUGUCACGGAGAUUGAGACUGGAUAGGAAAGCUUGUAAGGCAGCCUGGUCCAUCGCGGUCGACUGUCAUCGUACGCCAGCCCCACUCAGCUUCCCUCCACACCUUAUCGCGUUGGGUUCGAUAUAUGUCGCAGCUCUGUUAUCUCUCGAAUCACCAGUGCCUCUUUCAAACUCCGAUACCGAAAAUCGGCCUGUUGUAGAGUCAGGAACAUGGGAAUAUGUCGUGGAGACUCUAUCAAAGUUGGGUUCGUGGGAGGAAGAGUUUUUCGCUUCAGCCAAUCAGGUCGAUGGUGAGUAA